AUGGUGUUGAACUCCACCGACAUUUCGUAUCGAUAUCCCACGCCUGUCUCCCCUAAACCUCCCCCGCAGAAGAAGCCUUCCCGAAAAGGAGCUCCCGUUGCCGACCCCCCGCAGCAAGCCCAGCAUCUUGCAGCUUCGCCGUCUCGCCCUCACGCUCAAGCACAACCUCGCGCUCAUGUUCACAUCGACUCCCAGCCUCAGGCGUUGCCGCGUCCGCAAGCCAGCGCCCAAACUAGCAACGACGUUGCCGCUCGGCAGAACGCAGGGGUACAGGUCGUGAUUCCCAAGUCUACACCGCUGAAGAAGACACUUGUACCUGCCGUUGUCAUCCCUGGGUUGCCACCCUCCUCACAACGCACUGACUAUGAGCAGUUCCCGGAAGUUGAUGAGGAGGUCCGCGGCGGAGACGUUAGCCCAUCGAAGAAGCGCAAGCGGGAAAGUCGGGCCGAGGAAGCCCCUGCGAUCAGCUUUGACCAGCGGGAAAAAUCAGACGCGGCUUCGCGCAGCUUGCAAGGCUUGAUUGCUGAUAUCUUCGAAGCGGAAGAUCAGCUGCAGCCUGAUACCUCUGGAGUUGUCUCAUCGCACACCACUAAGCUCUUUGUAUCAGGCACUGUCGGCGAAUCGGAAGUUCCCAUUCUCGAGCCGUCUGUCCAGUUGCGCCUGGAUUCUGCAGUACAAAAGGCCAUAUCUGUUGGUCGCUUUUCCGACGUUCCAGCAGAACAUCUGGCUAGAGUGCAGAAGCUUUGCGAAGCAGCAGCCAGUGCAGUGGAUAGCGCAUCGCUCAUAGUCGGUAAUGGGUGGAGCGAAGGCGAUGUUGAAGAAUGGGCCUCACGCCUAGACGGUACUACAAAUGGCUUACAAGCUGCGAAGACCUUGGUUCGCAUCAUGGCAGCGGGUCGGGAAGAAAGACAGCUUUACUCAGAAGACCUUCUGCAAAGUGUUCUGAAUGCACUCAAGCAUGUGCUCGACAGCUGCGUCAUACCAGUGGCGGAGGCUCGGCAAUCCGACGCCGACAGCGACUUGUUCAAGACCUAUUCGGCACAGAAGAAGUCUUUGACCACGUUGGUACAGGGUUUCGGGAGAGUCCUGAAACUCCUUGGCGACUUACUCACCAAAGUCGAUGUUUCCGAGAGCGCUGUUACGGCUGUUGAGUUCGUCUCCACAAGGCUCAUAUUCGUUGAAAAUGCCCAUAGUGAGAAGGAUUCAAUCCUCGGUGUUCAGCGAUUUGAGACCCUCCGGCGCACCGCAAUGGACGCUUUAGCCCAAAUAUUCGCUCGUUACUCCGAUCAGAGGACCUUUAUAUUCGACGAGAUUCUAACAUCACUCGAGAAGCUGCCGGUUACCCGCCAAAGCGCGCGGCAGUUCAAGCUGGUGGAGAACAAGCCAAUCCAGCUAGUCUCGGCUUUGCUCAUGCGAUUGAUCCAGACUAGUGCUUCGCCAUCAAUUAAGAAGAGGCAGAAGAGCGGCAACGAAGCUACGGCUACGGAUGGCGACGAUGACGAUGAAUGUGGCUCUGAAGCCGAUCCAACUUCACUGUGUAAGAAAGUUCAAGCGACAAAAGCGGACGCCGCGAACAUGGACGCCGACACCGCAAUCCAGGAGCUUGCAGACGUCGUGAAGCCGCUGUACGAUGGCGCACAACAAAAUGCUCACUAUCUUGUCAAAUUUAUGACGCAGCGAGCGCUGAGUGCCACGAAGACCGGCGAUCAGCCUUACCGUAACUUGCUUGACAUUUUCACUGAGGAUUUCAUCAAUGUCUUGGGCUCCACUGAUUGGCCAGCUGCAGAAAUGUUUCUGCGUACCCUACUCUCGCACCUGAUCGGAAUCAUGGAGAACGAGAAGAGUACCGCUCCUGCUAAGAACAUGGCACUCGACUUGAUGGGCCUAAUGGGCUCUGGUAUAUCGGAUCUCCAGAUCCACGUUCGGCAAUCCGUUCGUAGCCUGAAUAUCAAUGAGUCGGAGCUGUCCGCCAAUCUCGUACCACUCGUAGAUGAUAUACUCGACGACAAACCGGCUGAAAUGGAUAUGUUAGAUUUUGCCGGACCGCGUCGUGCAGUUGUAGAGUACCUUCAAUCUAGGGAUGUCGACGAUCUCCAACUGCAGAGCGCCCGUGGCUACGUCAUUACCCAGUGGGCAAGGGACCUUCUGUCAGCCUAUGAGACCAGUGACGACGAGGAUGCGGAAUGGUUUAAGGAGCUUGCAAUCAAGCUGAGGAAUAUGGUAGUCGAUUCAAAGUGGUUGGAAGCUGAAUAUGACUUUGAGCCAGUAACAACAGUGCAAGGCCGCGUAUCCUCAGCAUUGAUCGCACUGUCUCUACCUCUGUCUAAGGCCUUCAAGCGCAUAUUCAGUAUUCUGUUGACGUCAAUGAGCAGCGAUCAAGCUACGGUGAAGAGCAGGGCGUUGAAGAGCGUUGUUCAACUGCUUGAGAAAGACCCUUCUAUUCUCGACCGAGGAACCUAUGUACUCAGCCAUAUCCUCCGUUGUGCUGCCGAUAGCUCUCCACUCGUCCGAGAUUCAGCUUUGGGUCUCCUCUCAAAGUGCUUGACACUCAGGCCUUCGUUGGAAGACGAGGUGUAUGAGAGAGUAGUUGCGCGGUCAGCGGAUGCUGCGAUUGGGGUCCGUAAACGCGCAAUGAAAGUUUUGAGGGAGAUUUACCUUCGGAAUCAGAGCAAGGAGAUCAAGUCAGCCGUUGCAGACGCACUGCUCCAGCGAAUCAAAGAUACCGAUGAGAGCGUCGCCGACCUGGCUCGUCAAACUUUUGAAGAAAUGUGGAUGUCACCCUUCCACGCCAUGCUGAUUGUCAAGGACGAUGUUCAGGCUAAGCUUGCUCUCAAGGGCCAGGUGGCACUCAUUGUCAAGACAGCAACACGUGGCGAAAGUGUCCUCUCGGUGCUCCAUGCUUUACUCCAGAGCGUUCUAUCCAACGACUCCAAGAACGCGGCGGCCAACUUCCAGGUUUGCAAAGCGAUGGUCGCCAUGCUCUUCGACGCUAUCAUCGACAACGACGAACUACCCGAUAAGCCGUCACAGAAAGACAUCUUACAGACAUUGACUGUCUUCGCCAAAGCAAAUGCCAAGCUGUUCACUGGAGAGCAGCUGGAACUACUCGAGCCUUACGUCAAGAAUCUUUCCAACACUGACGACUUACUAGUCUACCGCUCCGUAAUCGCAAUCUUCCGCCACGUACUACCAUCACUGUCGUCCUUCCAGAAUACCUUUCUUCAGGCGGUGCAGAAUGCACUACUGAGCAACGUAGCAAAACUUGGGAAGAAGGAGCUCAGCGAAGUCGCGUCGUGCUUGUGGAUCAUUGACAGCGUCCUUAAGAAUACGGAUCGCCUUGUUCGCCUGAUGGUAUCGGUACUACAUGGCAUCUACAGCGCCAAAGACACCGACUUUGCAGAUGCAAACCAGACGCCUGCUCUGAACAGAGUGAAGCGAUACGCCAUGAUUGCAGGGUAUCUUGGGAGAGCCUGCAAUCUCGACGAUCAUCCGGAUGCGUUCAAGACUAAAUUUCCGUGGUGGAAGGGCACUUCGAUUGCUGGCUUGGUUGUGGACAUCCUGUGUCCGCUCACGCGACAGAGCCAACCCCACAGCUUGCGAGAGAUCGUGCUCGAGAGCAUUGCCAUGGUCUGUCAAGCCUGGCCGAAGCAAUAUCUUCGUACCGACGUUACCACCGCCUUCGAACUCGUUUUCCACAAUCGCGAUGCUCGGUUGGAGCAUGUGGUCCUAGCAGGCUUCAAGGGCUUCUUUGACCAAGAGGAAACCCGCUCAGAGACCGGUGCUGAGAUCGCCGUUGGAGCGGGUACUGCUACAGGCACGGACAGGCUAGCGGUAUCGUACGCUGUGACCGACAAUGACGGCGCAUCCCCAAGCAUUGCGCAGCGAUUCCUACAAUACAUUUUGCGGAUAGCUCUGGAGACUACCGAUGAUGUUGCGCUUGCCGCAACGCAAGUCAUUGCAAGCAUCAACAGGCAAGGUCUGGUGCAUCCCAAAGAGUGCGGCCCGUCACUCGUGGCACUUGAGACGUCCCCAAACACCGCCAUCGCCAACAUCGCCUUCAUGGAGCACCGGACAUUGCAUCACAAGCAUGAGACGAUGUUCGAAAAGGAGUACAUGAGGGCUGUACACCAGGCUUUCCUCUAUCAGAGAGACAUUGUUCACAGCCCCGAGGGCGCCAAAACACAGCCGUUCGCUUCAAAGCUAGCUCCACUCUUCGAAGUUCUUAGGACGGGCAAUGCUAAGGUACGAAAGAGGUUCCUUGCCAACCUUUGCUCGCGAAUUGAUCUUGAUAUGUCAAAACUCGACGCUACCGGCGAUCAUCCAACGCAGCUGUUGUUCGCUCGCUUCUGCGUGGAGAACCUCGCCUUCUUUGAGUACGAUCGCCUGGAUGACAUCCUUCACACAGUCACAUGUAUAGAGAAGAUCGUUACUACUACAGGUGCUCCGGUGGCUCAUGCUAUCGAGACUGAGGUUUUGAAGGUCCAACUUGAAGCGGAAAAGAACGCCGAAGGGUCUCAGAUGCUAAACGGACAAGCCUACCAACAGGGCACUGUAGGACCUGAUCACUUAAUGUAUCCUCCACCUGGCGCCGCUCAAUUGCCAGGCGCUCUUCCUGCACCCAUCAACCAUACUCGCCUGCGCGAGCUCGCUCUCGCAUCCACGAUCCUCACCAUGCUCUGGGAAACCCGCACUUACCUCCGCCGCCAGUGGGGGCUCCAGAGAGCAGUCACCGCCAACGCCGCGAACAGCAAGGCCAAGACAGCCGCCAAAGACAUGAAGAAAGCCCCGACCAAAGCCUCCGGCGUGACAGGGGCUGGCUACCACGACAACGUCCUCAAACUCAUGACCUCCCUCUCAGCACUGGACUCGAUGCUCGAGCGCUGCACCUCCUUCGUGGAGCUCCUCGCCAUCGACAACGAAGUCAAAGUCGCCUCAGACGACGACGAAGAGGCGGAACUGCUGAAGAAGGCAGCGGGUUACGACACACCCGCCGAGGACGACGAGAAGAUGAGCCAUACCGGCAGUGUGGCGGCUAGUGGUGGCGGCAGAGGACGCAAGAGGAAGGGAAGUAUGAGCGUUGAGAACACGCCGAAGAAGCGAAGGGGACGGCUGCCGGGAAGCGUGAAGGCGAAGAAAGGGAGAAAGGGGAGGGCGAGGAGUGGGAGCGGGGGAAGUGCGGAUGCGGAUGGGGAUUGGGAGUAA